AUGCCCGAGUGCAAGCCCAUCUCAACACCUAUGGAAGCUAAUGCCAAGUUAUGCGUGCAUGAAGGGAAGGACUUGCAAGAUGGAGCAAUGUACCGACAUCUUGUUGGUAGUCUAAUUUACCUAACAUUGACUCGACCAGAUAUCUUGUAUGCAGUUGGUGUAGCAAGUAGGUAUAUGCAACACCCAAAGAAACCUCAUUUGGAAGCAGUGCGACAAAUGUUGAGGUAUGUUAAAGAUACCAUUAACUAUGGCCUCUUAUAUAAGAAAGGUGACGAGGUUAAGAUAGUUGGAUACUGUGAUGUUGAUUAUGCUGGAAAUCAUGAUAUCCGUCGAUCAACUAUUGGAUAUGUAUUCAAGCUUGGAUCUGGAGCUGUAUCUUGGUAUAGCAAAAAGCAACCAACGGUGUCCUUGUCAACCACUGAAGCAGAAUAUAGAGCAUCAGCAAUUGUAGCUAAUGAAGGUUCUACACCAAUCUAUGGACAAUGCAAUGCCACUUUAUUGUGA